GCCUUGCACUUUAACACUGUUUUAUCAGCACACAAUGCAGAGCUCAGCCUGGAAGGUUAGUUGUGCUGCAUUCUGUCUCUCUAUGUCAUUCAUCACUGGGGUCCACCUCAGGCCACUAGGCGAACAGGAGGAAAUGGUGCAGCUAGAAGCUAUUAAAAAAGGAAUUUUGGAUCGCUUAGGUUUGCACAGACCACCAGUUAUUCGGGAGAAAAUGGACCAGGAUAAAAUCCAAAAAAUGCACUGGCUCUAUCAGGAGAAGUUAAGAGAGCUCAGGGGGAACAUGAGCAAAGAAGAGAUACCUCAAAGGACAGUUCAUUUGCUGACACCAAAAUUUGAACAUAAGGCAAAGAAGACAAAGAAAUGUGAACUCAACAGCCACAGAUAUAACCUGGUGUUUUCUAGGACUCAAACAUUUCAUCAGGAGUUGAGUGUCAUGAGGGCUGAGCUGAAACUGUGUAAGGAUAUCAUUACUGCAUUGAAAUCCACAGGAACCAAUUCAACAGCACCGACUAUGGUUCACAUCUAUAAAGUAGUAGAGUCCAGGAGACAUCGUGGAAAGCAGGAACAUAUGUUGCUUGACUCUAAACCUCUAGAGAAAGAAGCAUUGACUCUAAACGUGGAAUCUGCUGUUCAGCAGUGGCUGGCUAGCUCUGAGAAAUGUCUCCGAUUGCAGUUAGUCAUUCCAUUGGCUAUUCCUUUUGAUAAUGAUCAUACUCAAGAAAAAAAAGGUGAUGAUGCCCUAGUUUUAGAAGUAGAGACUGAAGAGAACUCCAAAAUAAGGAAAGCUAGGUCACUGUCCACAGAUGAAGAAGAAUGCAAGAAGAGUGAGAAAAAAUGUUGUCGCAAAUCGUUAACAGUAUCUUUUGAACAGAUUGGUUGGAAUGAUUGGGUACUUUUCCCAAAAACCUAUACAAUGCAUUUUUGUGAUGGUUCUUGUCCACACAACUAUAAACCAGCCAGUAUGCAUGCUCAGAUUAAAUAUAGGAUGCAUCACAUAUCUAAUGGAAAUACUCCAGCACCAUGUUGUGUUCCGGCAAGCUAUGAGCCUAUGGUGCUCAUGCAUUAUAAUACAGAGGGCAGUUUGACAUUUACUCCAUUUGAAGACAUGAUUGUUAAGAAGUGUCACUGUGCUUAAAAAUAUUUGGACAUUAAGAUUUUGGAAGAUUUGUUGAUCAUGGAAGAUAGGAGUUGUUGAGACUUUAUCGCCGGUUUCCCAAGAAGCCACUUAGUGAACUGAAUAUACCAUUCCUCUCAUUA